AUGUCCACGGUACAGGAAUCAAGUCGAUUCAACCGCGCCUCGGCACCUCAACCUACUGCUGUCGCCAACCCAGCCCCCCGAGAACUUCCUCAAAUGGCGGCUCCAAAGAAACCGGUCGUGGACAUGCAGCCACAAGAGCGACAUACCGAUGAAGGAGCCAGACUAAGGCAAGAAGUAAAACGGUUGCAGAAUUACCUUAUUGAGCGUGCAGUGGUCUUCAUUCGUACCACCCCGCCUCUCGCUCGGGAGAAGGGCAAUAAUAUGCAACCCUUUUUAAUGCUUAUCGAACAACGGUUCAGGAAGAUGGCCCUUCCACGAGAGCUCUGGGGUGACGAGCUUGGAGAAUACCUCGACGAGGACGCCCUACAGUGCUGGAUGGACCUGAAACUAUCCGGUACAGACAUGGCUGAUUGGGCACUCAUCAAACAGGAAUUAAUUAGAUGUUUCUCCACGGUAGAUCAAGCAGCACUCAUUUACCAAAUGGCAGCUAACAAGUGGAAAGGGGACCACAGCACCUAUACGGCUAACUUCAGUCGAAUCGUAGCUCGAGGAUCCCAGCUGUCGGCAGAAGACUUAGUUGGUUAUUUCUUAACGAAUAUUCCAGCGGAACUCAGAUGGGCCGUAACACAGCGAGGUACGAAACAAUUCAGUGAUUGGAGGGAUGCAGCCCAUGCAUUAGCCGCUGUAGCCGCCCCGUGGGCCGCCGCACAAGAGGAAUUCCGUAGGCGGGAACGGGAGUUCCAACUUUGUCUGACAGGAAGAGCGGCGGAGCUUCCACGUGCGACAGUGUCAACUGAGAUUAGACGGUACACCCGAGCAUCGGGUGACCGAACAGAAAUGGUGUGCUACCAGUGUAAAGGCAAGGCAAGGGGCACAUGGCUAAGAAUUGUCCAACCGGUGAUCCGACAACGCGCAAAUCCGGAGCAGCGUGUCGGAACUGUGGAGGUAUGGGCCACUACGCUCGUGAGUGCCGAACAACUGUUCGUACGAGGACAGGAGGGGGCAGCCACACUUCAUCGACAUCCGCACAGCAGCAAGAGCAGCGAUCUCAACGUUUAA